UAGGGAGCCUUUUACUCAUCCUCGUUGGAAUGUUCUUUUCUCUGGUCCUAUGGGGAGCCAGCAUGAAGAGACAGGCACAGUUUGAUCUGAGGACACCAAAGCAGUUUUCUCUUGAUCUGCCAGGCUGUACAGCUAUCGUCAGCGGAGACAUACAGGGCAAAGUGAGAGAAUUGGAAGCAAUUCUUGGAUCCAGAAAAGCAGAUACUUCUUUAACUGAGGACUUCUACCUCAAGUUGACAAAGAACUGUGAGGAUUAUAUUGAAGAAAGAGGAUUUAUCACAGCGCCCCUGAGUGAAGAGGAGAGAGAUUUUCCCAUUGCCUACUCCAUGGUGAUCCAUGACAAGAUUGAAAUGUUUGAGCGACUCCUGCGAGCCAUUUACACUCCUCAGAACAUCUACUGUAUACACGUAGACCAGAAAUCUUCAGAAGAAUUUCAAAAGGCUGUAGAGGUGAUAGUGUCCUGCUUUCCGAAUGUGUUUAUAGCAAGCAAAUUGGAGAGAGUGGUGUACGCCUCUUGGUUCCGAGUACAGGCGGAUUUGAACUGCAUGGAAGAUCUGCUCAACUCAAAAGUCCAGUGGAGUUACAUGCUGAACACCUGUGGGACAGACUUCCCCAUCAAAACCAACAGAGAAAUGGUCCAAGCACUGAAGGCGCUUCGUGGGAAAAACAGCAUGGAGUCUGAGCCUGCAAGUGACGCCAAAGCUGGACGUUGGAUUUAUCAUCACAAUGUCACCGACACUGUAGAACGAACAACUGUGACGAAAAGCCCUCCACCUAUAAGCAGCCCCAUGUUCUCAGGCAACGCUUACUUUGUGGUUACAAGAGCUUUUGUGGAGCAUGUGAUGCAGGACGGAGAGGUUCAGAGACUGAUGGAGUGGGAAAAGGACACAAACAGCCCUGAUGAGAGCCUUUGGGCCACCUUGCAGAGGAUGCCUUCUGUCCCUGGAUCAGUACCCACUAACAAGAAGUAUGAUGUAUCAGACAUGCUUGCCCUCCCUCGUGUGGUGAAAUGGGGAUAUUUGGCAGGAGACAUGAGAAAAGGGGCUCCCUACUAUCCUUGCUCUGGGGUCUACAGGAGAUCAGUUUGUGUUUAUGGAGUUGGAGAUCUUCAAUGGCUCCUAAAUCAACAGCAGCUCUUUGCUAAUAAGUUUGAUCCUGCGGUUGAUGAUUUGGUUAUUCGGUGUUUAGAGUCAGUUUUGCGUUUCAGAGCUUUAGACUAUGAUUAACUAUCAACUCAACAAUAUUCCUAUGAUAUAUUGAGCUUUAAAUUCAUU